UAUGUGCUCUUUGGAAAUUACCUCCAAUCAAUCAAUGUUUAUAGAAGCUAGAAGCACAUUUAUUUUACGUAUUUUCGCUAUUUUUGUAAGUUUGUGAUAAAACUUGAUCCUUGCAUUAAUUUUAUGCUUGCCCUUCAGUACAACACCAACUAAAUAGACACGAAGUGAAUAAUUUUGGUGUGGGUAAAAAUAAUUGUGACACGAUGACUGAUUCGGUAAAUAUGUCAUUGGAUGACAUAAUAAAACAAAACCGUACAAAUAAGUCCCGAGGAAGAGGCGGCGGAACCAUACGUGGUCGAGGUGGCGGUGCUCGCAGAGGUCGUGGUGGCGGACCGGCGCGGCCGGGUACUCCUGGAGCACGCCAAGGCCGCAGCGGUGGCCGGUCACAGUCGCGCGGUCGUUCAAAAUCCCGUGGCCGUUCUCAAUCUCGCGGUCGUUCGCAGUCAAGGAAUCGCUCUCGGUCGCGUCAACAGCGACGUUCUUCUUCACGGGCAAGGUCAGCGUCGAGAUCGAGAUCUGCUAUAAGAGGUUUAACUCCCAAAGGAAGAGCUGGCCUUGAAGAACAACAUGAUGAUAUGCCUCAGCUAGUGAGACGAAAUAGUUUUCGAGGCAGAGGUAGAGGUGGUAUACAAACCAGACUACUUCGCAGCAAUUCAAAUGCUCGAACACAAAAUGGAGUUCAUAGUCGUCUUGGUAUUACAACUCGCCGGGGCGGUUCUAAUAACACUUAUCGGCCUCUUGCUGUCGCCAAAAGGGGUAUUGCAAAGCGGGGUCUAGGAUACGCUACAAGAAAUAAAUAUAGCAAUGUAGGACUACGUUCUGACCAGAUUAUUAAAGAGCAAAGACAAAAUCUUAUGUUGAAUAACUCAAUUAUAAAAUCACAGACAUUUACAAGGUCUAGACGUAACUCCUUCAAUUCACCUUCACAGCUCACAGUUAGUGUAGCUAAUGAUUUUGCAAAAAGACGCAGAAAUAGUGUAGGUAAUGGUAAUUAUUUGAACUCACGAAGCCUAGCUCAACUUAAUAAUCAGUUUGGUGGGUAUAGAACACGACGGGGGCCAGGUAGUGUUAAAUCAAUGGGUUCAAAUAGAUCUAACAGAUCUAGUCGAUCUAACCAAUCCAAUACAAGUAACAGGUCACGCGGCCGAGGCCGUGGACGUGGAAGGGGCAGAGGGAUUAACCGUGGGGUUGGUCGCAAAUUUGUGAAUAAGCAGAUUCUCAAUCCUAAAUUACAAAAAGAGAUUGCUGCUAUACAGGGUAAGAGUUUGGCAACCAAUUCAAGUGAAAGUGAGGUCCCAAUUGGGGUUAAUUUCACCCCCACACCAGCAGCUACUGCUCAAACCUUGCAUCAGAGAUUUGCUAGCGCCUAAUUUAAUUAGUUUGACUAUACUAAAAAGUUAAUUUGUUAUAAAUUGCAGUAACAGUAUUUAAUAAUAGAACAGAAGCAAAUAACAAAAUAGAAAAGAUUUGACGUAAUAUAAUCUCUUGUUUUGUGUGUGUUUGAAGAUUAACUCGUAACUAGUAUGUAAUUAGUAUUUAGGAUAUCCACUUUUACAUUGGUCCCCAUUUGUAGCAAAAUGUGUUAAAAUUAGGUAAAUGAUUAGUAAAACAAACUUAUAUGUCCACUUAAUUUAAAACUUGCAAGGUGGUAAAGAACUGAUCAUAAAUAUUACUUUUAA